AUGCUUCAAUAACAAUAGAUAUUAUAAUUUAAUGGACAGGAAAUUUAAAUCUUAAAAUAAAUAAAUGAGAUAGGCAAAAUUAGAUUAUUCUAGGGCAUCUUAAAAGUAUCGAAACAAAAUAUACAAAUAAUUGAAAUCGAUAUAAAUUUAAAAAAGAAUGAAUAGCUAAAGUUUUUAGUUUAUGAAAUGGAUGAUUUAAAAUUCUAUAAUGAUAAAUUUUAAAAUAUUUUUUUAAAAACUUAAAAUGAACACCUUGUAAAAUUAAAUUAGCAUCAAAUAUGUUGUUGGGAACAAUAUUUUUAAUAAUAAGAAUUCAAACUCUUGCCUAUAUAAUCAAAACACAAGUUAUUUCAAAAGGUAUUUCUAAUCUUAAAUGUUAGUAUUGUAGAAUAUACAUAAAGUAGAAAAGUUUUAAUAUUUGUAUACUUUAAUUGGAUUAGUUAGGAAAGGUUUAAAUAAAAUCAUUAAGCCAACGAUUAUUUCGAAAUAAUGAUUGGAUUAAUUAAUUGGAUCUUCAUUAAGAAUACUCACUAAUGGAUGUUUAAUUAAUUAAAAAAUUUGGCUUGAUUUACUUUUAAAUAUUAACUGAUAUUAAUUCUGAAUGUACAAUUAAUAUUAUUAAUAUUAGAAUUAAAUAAUAUUUCAAAAGACUAAAAAAUUUAAUUAAUCCAAGAUUCUCCAAUUUAUGAAUGGUAAAAAAAUUAAAUUUUUAAUCUUUUCAAUCUAAAAUUUGUUGAAUAAUUAACACAAUAGCAUAUUUUAACCUUUUUAAUAAAAAAAGAUUAAUUUGAAAUUAAUACUCAAGAUAUUAAAUUCUAAUUAGAAUAAAAAAAUGAUAAAUUAAAUUCUAUUGAAAAAGAGUUAUAAUAAUAAGAAAUCAUUUUUUAAUACUCUUUAUAAUAAUCAUAGAUUUAAAACUAGUUAAAUUAUCUUUAUUAUCAAAUAAAUAAAGUGAAAAGUAAUAAUGAAAUAUUUGAAGAAUAUAAAAAAGUUAAUAAAUUUAAUUCUGAAGUCUAUAAUAAUAUUAAAAAUGCUUUCAUAAUAUAAAAUGAUUAAAACCUGAUAGAAGAAAUGUUAAAAUUACAAUUAGAUGAACUUAUUAAAUAGUUUAAUUAACUGCAUCUCAAAUUGUAAUAUAAUUUUAGCGAGAAUUUAAUCGUUAUUCAUAAUUAACUAUAAUUAAAAUUAGAUGAAUUGUAUGGACCAACUUAAUUUUUAGGAUAAUUUGGAAGAUUUAAAAUAUCCUUAUUUGCUAAAUUAUAGAAUUAAAACAAAAGUAUAAUCCAGAAAUUAUAAUAAUAAAUAAAAAAUACUAUUUAAUAGAAUCUUUUGAAUAUUUUAGAUUUUAAUCAAUCUCUUGAUAAUUUAUAAUAGAUGAGUGAGAUUAUUAAGUAAGAAUUUAAAUAUUAUGAGAAUUAAUUGGUUAAUUGUUCGAUCGAAAUCUAAUAACUAUUAGAAAAAAAUUAAAAAUAAAUAUAAAAAGAAUUUGAAAACAUUAAUUUGAGAUAUAUGAUGAUGAUUAUAUCAAAAGAUGAAUCUGAGUAAUUUUCUCUUGUAUAAUCUUUAUUGGAAAAAUAACUACUUCUAAAAGAAACCUUAAAUCAAUAACUAAAUUAGAAAAACAAUUUCAUGUAUACUUAAAAUGGUAAAAAGCUUGAUAUAUUUAAAACAAGUUAAAAACUUCAAGAAUCAGAAUAUGCUACAAGAGCUCUUCAUAGUAUUGUUGAAAAAUCUAAUAUAGAUUUAUUUUAGUUUGAAAAUUAGAAUAGCCCAUUAAUUUUGAAUAAAGUAAAUUAAUUAAGAAUUUAAAAUAAAGAAAAGUUAUAAAGAUUGCAAUAAGAAUUUAAUUAUUAACUUUUAUCCAUAAAAUUUCUUUUGUCAGAAUUUUUUAAGAAUUAGAAGAAUUUUGAGAAUUAAUAGCUAAGUUAGUAUCAAAUUAGAAUAAAUGUGGUAAUAUAAAAAUAAAAUUAACGAUUUUGUAUAAUUAAAGAAGUUCUAGAAUAGGAUUAGAUUUAGAGAUUCCAUUUGUAAAAUGUUUCUAUGAAAAUAGAAGAAGAGAGAAAAAUGAUAAAUGUAUUUAUUUAACAAGAGCUUAAAAUGUUUAUUGAGCAAUUAAACAAAAAUACUAAGAGUUAAUAGGGAGAUGAAUAAGAAUUAAAUUAAUAAAUGUUGGAUUUUGAGUUUAUGAUUUUAUAAACUCAAUAUGAUAUAGUAAAAUAUUAAUUAAAUCUAUAAAAAUAAACUGUUAAAUAAAAGUUUACAAAUUUAGAAACAGAAUUUUAGGAAUAAUAAUUGCUAUUAAAAAAGAUUGAAAUGUUAUCUAAGGAGAAUAGUGAUUUAAUUAAUUAGAAAGAAGUUAAUAGAAAUUUGUAUUUUAAUAAUCUAAUUUAAAAAAUUAAACUGAGGUUUGAGAAAUAAAGAUCAAGUUUUUAUUAAUUUUAAAAUUUUUUAAAAGAAAAGAAAGCUAAAAUAAAUUUACAAUAAGAAGAGGAAUGGUUAUGUUAUUUAAUUGAAUAAAAAUAGAAUGAAAUUAGUAAAGAGUUUGAAACAAUAUAAAAAUUUCAGAAUAGUGAAUAGGAUGAAAAAGAAAAGAAAGUCUAAUAUAAAUAAUUAAGAAGUAAAUUAGAGUAUAUUUCAUAAGAGAUAAUAAAUAAAGGAGAUUAGAUAGGUUUGAAUGCAUAAGGAUAUUAUCAAUAGUAUUUAUUGAUAAUUUUGAGUAAAUUUUAUCAUAUGAAGAGAUUUUAUGAAAGAGUGAAUUAAUCUUUAGAUAUUAAAGAUAAUUACGAAUAAGAAGAUAUAAAUUUAAUUAAUUAAUAAAAAGUGGAAAUUAUAAAUUUGGAGGGCAAAGUUGAUUAUUAUAGGAAUAUAAUAGAGAAUUGUAGUUAGAAAGAUUGGAUUGAGAAUUUAUUUGAAGAAUUAGAAAAUAUAGAAAAUUAAAUAGAUUAAAAGAAGCAUUAUUUCUAGUAGGUAAUACAAUAGCACAAUGAGAAUAAACUAAACAGAAAUUUAAAAUAGAAAAAAACAAUUGAUUAAGUUUAGAAGUUUAGUAAUUAUUUAGAGUUUUCUAAUAUUUUAUCUAUAAAAUUAAUAGUAUAGAAAAAUGAUUGA